UCUCCCCCACCUCCCCUCCUCUCCUCAAGUCCGCGGCGGCACCCUUGGCGACAUCUGCUUGCGUCCGCGAAAGACGCUUGCGAAGCACUCUUUUAUCCGACGCGUUGUAUCAUCUGGGCACUUUUGUAACGACUUGUAUAAUUCUCUGCGGUAGAGAAUAGCGGCACCAUGACUCAGUCUCCAGCAGCAGAAACAUACGGCCCCAUCUUUGUCGGGGUCGUUCUCAACAUCGUCUUGUAUGGUAUCAUGAUAACACAAACCUUUCUGUACUUUACUGUGUACAAGCGGGACAGGUUUUGGAUGAAGCUUUUCGUCGGGCUCCUCUUUUUCUGUGACACCCUGAACUGCGCUUUUGACAUCGCCUUCGUGUAUGCACCACUUGUCAACGGGUUCGGUGACAUUGUCGGGCUCAACUACGCCUCCUGGGUCUUCGCCACGGAUCCUGCUAUGACGGCGAUUAUCGCCUUGUGCGUUCAAAUGUUCUUCGCCUGGCGAGUCAAGGUCCUCACAGGCAGCAUUCCUGCUGUCUGUCUCAUCAUGUUCUGUUCGCUCUGCCAGUGGUGCGGUGGCGUCGGGACAGCGAUCGCUGUGGGGAUGAUUCCGGAAUUCACUCACUUUCAGCAGUUUGAGGUCAUCGUCAUCGUCUGGCUCGCGUUCUCUGCUGUCGCCGACACUGUUAUCUCUAUCUCCCUCGUGUGGCACUUGAGGAAGCAUAAGACCGGCUUCUCCCAGACCGAUGACGUGGUCAACAAGAUCAUCAGGAUGACUGUCCAGACGGGGUUGAUCACUGCUCUGUGCGCUAUCAUCGACCUUGUACUCUUCCUUGCGACGCCCGCCGGUCUUCACUUGAUCUUCAAUCUGCCUCUCUCAAAGCUGUACACCAACUCGUUGAUGUCAAGCCUCAACUCGCGUGCCGGAUGGAAGUACGGGAACGGCGUCGGCGUGGGUACGAGCGCGAGUGAGCUUGGCGGCCGGUCGCAGAUCAAGGGCCUCCAGAUGCACAGCGAUUACGGGAAGCGGGCCGGCCAGGAGGUGUACAUUGACGUCGAGAGUCAUGAGAUGAUCGACUCGUUGGACAAGGCGCCCCUGUCCAGUGCUGAGUCGAGCGACAUCGGCACGGUGAGGAUGUUCGCGAUGCCGAGGAAGAGCUCGGAGAAGCCGGGGCGCGCGAGCGUCGGUCAGGCUCCGAGCCGUCCAUCGGUCACUAUGUGAGAAAUCGAGGCCACACUUUAUCAUCCGCACGGAGCAAGUCGAAGGUUAGCGUGGACCGAUGGCUUGUUCUAUCUGUGAGGUUCUCAGCCGAGAGGAUGCUCUACUUCAGAAUUCUCGACCGUCGGGGGGC